AUUAUUUUAAAUGCAGAAAUAUAUGAAACAAGCUUGAUAGUUGAUCGUACCUAAAUAUAAAAUAAGUUAUAGGGAUCAGAGUUCAGCCAUCAGUGGAGGUAAAGCCGCUGAAUCGAGCGGUUGUGUAGUGUCGAUUUAAAUCUUGGGAGUUCAGUGUCAAAUUCAAGAUGCUGUUACCACUUCUAUCUGUUUUGGCGGUGACGAUGGCUUACCCCCCGACCACCGUGGACCCCUCGGUCCUGGUGGACGUCUUUGGAACCCCACCACCCACAGUCAGGCCCACGAACCUACCACCCAGGCUUGAAGACAUAACAGUGAAGCCGACGGAGAGCGGUUUUAUAAACACAAACAGCAAUGGCGAGCCGUGCCAAUGUCUACCUUACUACCUGUGUGAUAGUGACCUGAAUGAUGUGCACAGCACCAACGCCAGUGUCACAGGAUACGAACUCCUGGACGUGAGAUUCGGCGUGAACGAUGACUGCCAGGAGAGUGUGGAGAGAUGCUGCAAGAAAUCCAAGCCUUACGUGGAGCCGACGACCCCCGCACCCCCGACGGAGAGGGGCUGCGGGUACCGGAACCCCCACGGUAUCGGCUUCACAAUAACCGGCGGGAAUGGUGACGAGGCCCAGUUCGGCGAGUUCCCGUGGGUGGUGGCCUUGCUGGACGCCGCUAACGGCAGCUACGUGGGGGUCGGGGUGCUCGUCCACCCCCUCGCGGUGAUGACGGGGGCGCACGUGGUGUACAAAUACCCGGCCGGCGGGCUGAUAGCUCGGGCCGGUGAGUGGGAUACGCAGACCACGAAAGAGCCCCUCAAGUCGCAGGAGCGAGUCGUGGAAGACAUUGUUAUAAAGGAAGGUUUCAACCCUAAGACUCUCCAUAACGACAUGGCCCUCCUCCGGCUCCAGCGACCCCUGGAGCUGGCGGCUCACAUCAACGUCAUCUGUCUCCCGGAACAAGACGAAUCCUUUGAGCAGAGCCGGCACUGUGUGGCCAACGGUUGGGGGAAAAACGUCUUCGGUGGCAGAGGACGGUACGCUGUGAUCCUGAAGCGCGUGGAGGUGGACAUGGUGCCCUUCGACCAGUGCGCCAACCAGCUGAAGAGGACCCGCCUAGGGAGCCGCUUCCAGCUGCACAGGAGCUUCGUCUGCGCUGGUGGGGAAGAAGGAAGAGAUACCUGUCAGGGCGACGGCGGCGCGCCCCUCGCUUGUCCGUUCGGUGAGAAUCGGUACAAGCUGAGCGGUCUCGUCGCGUGGGGUAUAGGGUGCGGGGAGAAGGACGUACCAGCGGCGUAUGUCAGGGUGUCCAUGUUCAGGAGGUGGACGGACGACGUCAUGCUGUCCUGGGGCCUCAACACCGACGGGUACACGGCAUACUGACCCCUGACCUGACCAGGGGUCGGGGGUGACGUCACAGGAUAUCAUGAGAUCAGUCCAAUGUAUAUAAGAGAUGAAAAUAUAUACUUUAUUGAAUAUCACAA